GCGCGCGCGGCGGGAACUCCGUCAGGUACACGCGCUCGGAACUCAGCACCGCGUACAUGUAGACCUUGUUGAUGACGUCAGAGACCACCACGCACGGUUCGUAGGUUCGGAUCCGCUCGUACAGAGCCCGCUCCGUGUUCCGCUUCAGGAACGAGUCCAGCCGGGCAUUCCGGCGGGGCAGCAGCGGCAGGAAGUCGGAUCGACUCCGAGCCAUGACCCGGGGCGCUACUUUCUGCAGCGGAUGGAGACAGGACGCGGUUCGGUUCCGCCGUCCAUCGCGUCGAUUCGUGUUUUCCGAAUGAAGCAGGCAGCGGGUCCAGUCAGGUUAUGAACUAAACAGGAGUUGAAGCUCAGCAGCAGGUCAUUUGCUCUCCUCCCAGCUUCAACCGGAGGCUGCCGCCGAGUUCUGACGGAAGUUACCGAGCACAACCGAAGUGAAUCCGAACAGAAGAACCGGGCUCAGCUGGACUUCUCUCCGUUUUCUCCCCGCUGAAAGUCUGAGGACACCGCAGAGAUGACCGUCCUGUCCAGCUGGGAGCUGUGCGUCAAAUACGCAAUCUUCGUCUUCAACUUUGUCUUCUGGCUUGCAGGAACUGGAGUUCUGGCUGUGGGAUUGUGGCUUCGUUUCGACUCCAGGACCAAACCGCUGUUUGAGGGAGAAGACUCGCCCUCCGUCUUCUUCACUGGUGUGUACCUGCUGAUCGCUGCAGGAGGGCUGAUGAUGGUGGUGGGAUUCCUGGGAUGCUGUGGAGCCAUUAAAGAGUCGCCCUGCAUGCUGGGACUGUUCUUCCUCUUCCUGCUCAUCAUCUUUGCUGCUGAAGUGGCUGCAGGGAUCUGGGGACUCUCCAACACACACACGGUGAUAGAGGAAAUUACAGAGUUUUAUAAGCAGACCUUUGACAACUACCAGAACACCAAACAGGAAGCGCUGAAGGAGACCCUCCGCCUCAUCCACUUUGGGCUGGACUGCUGCGGUCCUACAGGAAGCUUGUUCGAUGCUGCCAGAGACAUCUGUCCAAAGCAGGAAGGACUGGCUGUCAUCGUUACCACGAGCUGCCCAAAAGCCAUCGAUGAAGUAUUCAACAACAAGCUGCACAUCAUCGGUGGCGUUGGGAUCGGUAUCGGAGUCAUCAUGAUCUUUGGAAUGAUCUUCAGCAUGAUGCUUUGCUGUGCCAUCAAGAGGUCCAGAGAAUUUGUGUAAACUGGAAAAAAUACUUUUUCUAAUUUAUCAUGUUUGUAACCUGCUUCUUUUGAGUUUAAGCAAUUUUAAUUUAAUAGUUGGAUUCAUACAGGAAGGCCACAUCGAUCUAUGAGUGUAUGAGCCUCUACCAUGUUUAGCAUUUGCAGGAAGAUUAUUUUUGUACACAAGGCAGAACUGAAAUAUUUUGUGCUUUCAAAAUAAACUUAGUUUUCAUGAAGAAACAAAAGGUAACACUUGGGACUCUUCUUCCCUCUGGUGGACAAUUCUGUUUUUGUUUUUUAAUCUUGUGUUAAAAUCCAAUUCUGUUUUGUUUACAAAUGCACUAAAGGUUUAUGUGGUGUAACCCAACUUUAUAUUGGUGGAUUACUAAAUAUUUUCACACAGUAUGAGAUUCUUUUUUUUUUUAAUCAAGAACUGUGGAGUUUUGUGCAAGUAUGAUGAAUGCAGUUCAUGUUUAAGAUGCCAAAUAAGGAUCUAAUAAACAUUGAUUUUUGUGUUACAAAA